AUGGAUCAAAUAUACACUGUUACUACAGAUAAUGGUGCAAAUAUGUUGAAGACUGUAAAGUUGCUAUCUUUAUGCAAUAAAGAUUCUGAUGAAGCAAUUUUGAAAGAAAACAAAGGCGUUAAUGAUAAUAAUGAUGAUAAUGAUGAGGACAUCGAUUUAGAGUAUUUAGACCUGCAAUUAGAUCCGGACAAACUUAGAGAUGAGUCAGAUGAGAGUAAUGAACACGAACCAGAGGAGGAAAUGUACCAUCACACCGAAAAUAUACUACAAAUUAUUGAAGACAGUAUACCAUAUUCUGAUUUUUCAAGUAGCAUAUUAACAGGAGUGAGAUGUGCAGCCCAUACCUUGCAGCUGGUCGUGGAUGAUGCCUUGAAAAACACAACUAAAGGUAUUUCACUCUUGAUCAAAAAGGCUCGAAGACUCGUGAAGAAGCUAAGAACAUCAACUUUUUUAUACAUGCUCAAAAAACAAAAUUUGAAAAAGCCGAUAAUUGAUUGCCCAACACGUUGGUGCUCGACAGUGAUCAUGCUCGAAAGAUUAUUAUUACUAAAGGAUUAUUGCACAGAACUGGCUGUAACAAAAUUCGAGAAGUUUGAAACGCUAACUGAUGCAGAAUGGGCAAAAAUUGAAGAGGUGUGCCAAAUUCUACAGCCAAUUAAAACGUGCACAGAAAAACUCCAAGCCGAACAAUUGACUCUUGGCGACUUCUUCGGCCAUUGGUUACAGACAAAAUUAGCGAUGAAAAAAAUGAAUACAUCUUUCGCAAUGCUCAUCUUCGACUUUAUGGUAUCUCGGGAAAAGUAUCUACUGGAAAAUGAUGUGUUGUUAUCUGCUCUCUUUUUGGAUCCAAGAUUCAAAAUUUUUUUAGAAGAUGUGCAGAUAGAAAAAGCAAAAACUCAUUUGAAACAUCUUUGGGCAAAAAUGAUGUCCCUUGAAGACUUGCCCGCAUUAAACCCUAACUCACAAGAAUUCUCAUCAAGUGAGUCAGAAUCUACGAGCGAUGAUUUAGAGAGCCUUCUCAAAUUAAAAGAAAUACAUCACAAUUCUUCUAUUUCACAAUCAUCACCGUCUGUUCAAUCAACUCAAUCAAAUGAACAUCUUUCCUUGCGAAGGAUUGAACUCUUACUAGAAAGUUACCACCAAGAGCAGAAAAGAAUCUCAAGAAAUACUAAUAUCUUGGAAUUCUGGCAAGAAAAAAGUACGAUUGAUCCAGAGUUGUACAAAUUAGCGAGGGUUACUCUGGCGGUACCAGCCACGCAAGUGAGCGUCGAACGGCUGUUUUCAGGAUUAAAAUUCAUACUAUCUCCGCUAAGAACGAAUGUCAAUGAAGAAAUCUUAGAGGAUCAACUUUUGGUCAGAGCUAACCGAAUUUUUAACAAAAAGGAUGACAU